AAUCAUUACAUAUGAACCCUAACAAUGUAAUAACUUAACCGUUAGAGAAUAUUUGAGCUUUAGUUUAAAAAGUUAAAACCUAGUUUUUACUAGAUCUUCACAGUUUAAUAAAUUCUGCUCGGAAGGUCCUAAAUCACGGUGGCCAAAAAAGAAGCUGUUUACUGAUCUUAGUCCGAGGCUCCUGGUCCUAGGAAUAAUCCUCAAAGUGAGACCUCUUUCUUUUCCGACCUUCUCUGAUUGAAAUCAUUCCACUACGUCAGGUCGUCCGGUCCGCUCGGAGAAGAUGUCUGCGACGGGUUCAGGCGGACCAGGACCCGGACCAGGACCCGCCAUGGGCUCCGGGUCCGGGGCCUCCAACCCCCGAAAGUUCAGCGAGAAGAUUGCUCUGCACACCCAGCGACAGGCCGAGGAGACGGCCGCCUUCCAGGAGGUUAUGAUGGACAUCACUUCGACCAGGCUGCAGGCCCAGAAGUUACGCCUGACUCGGAACCAGGGGCCAUACUACGGCGGCUCCUUACCCAAUGUCAACCAGAUCGGCCGCAACCCGCAGGACUUCCAGGGCUCGUUCCAGUCCGGCCUGGAGUCCAGCCGCUCCACCCGCCACCACGGCCUGGUGGAGCGGGUCCAGAGGGACCGCCGCUUCGUCUCGCCGGUCCGACCGUACCGGAACCGCCAAGUGGAAAACUCUCUGUACAGCGCCGCCUACCUGUCCCCGCCCCCCGAUGCCAGCUGGAGAAGGAACUGGUCUGGAAACUUCCCUGGAGAUAAAAGCCAGUUGUUCCGUCUUCCCACCACAGCGCUCAACAGGACCAACUCUGACUCCGCCCUCCACACCAGCGUCAUGAACCCCCCCAUGGGAGACUUCAGCAUGGCGGGACCCACCCUGACCCCCCAGGGAGCCAGACGCAGCGGGCCGAGCGAUGCAGAGAACAGAAGAAUGUUCCCAUAUCCGGUUCCUCCCAUUGAGGAAAACAUUUUGGACGAAGACAAACUGCUCAAAGCUUGGGACGCCAAGAAGUUGUCUCUGCCGUCGUCUCGACCAAAGUCCUGUGAGGUUCCAGGCAUCAACAUCUUCACGUCCCCGGAGCAACCGUCCACGCCAGUCCAAGGCGUCCCUCAGGUCCCCAACACCGGCGGCUCGCUGCCCGACCUGUCCAGCCUCCACUUCCCGUCGCCGCUGCCCACGCCGCUGGACCAGGACGAGCCCGGUUACCCAGCAUCCUCUGCUCUGAGCGGGGGCAGCAGCACCGGGAACCUGGCCUCCACCCUCACCCAGCUGGGUAUCAACGCCAUCGGAGGAAACAGCAGCUACCACCAGCCAGCACCAGGUCUCCUGGCGUCUCUACAGAGCACGCUCAGUAACCCCAACCUGCAGUCGUCGCUAAGCAACCCCAACAUUCAGUCGUCCCUCAGCAGCCACUCCUUCUCCAACUCUCUGAGCUCCGCCUCCCUUCACUCGUCGCUAAGCAACCCGUCUCUGCAGUCGUCGCUCAGCUCCUCCCCCUCCCUGCCGUCCUCCCUCAGCAGCCAAUCGCUGCACUCGUCCCACAGUAACUCCUCCCUCCAGUCCGGCGGCUACGGGGGCGGAGGGGGCGUGGUUGGAUCUGGCUCCUCCCCCUACUCUGCGAUGCGAUCCGGGCAGGGCCAGGCGUCGCUCAGCACGUCGCCACGGAGACGGGCCCAGCUGUCGCCGCUCAUCCUGCCGAUGGCGGGGGAGUCACGGAGGAUCCACCCCAAACAGUUCUCCCCCACCAUGUCCCCCACCCUGUCCUCCAUCUCCCAGGGCGUCCCGUUGGACACCAGCCGCCUCCCUCCAUACCCGCUCAGCCAGCCAGGCCAGCAGAACCCAUCUCUGGGUCAGAACCACCAGAUGCUCCGCCUCCAGCAGCCCAGAACCAAUCAGCAGCAGCUGCACCUGCAGAACCUCCGGAACCAGCACCUGCAGCAGUUUGGACCGAGGCCCAUGGGACCGCAGCAGAAUCCGCCCGUCAAGUCGGAGAGCACUUUGGACCCGUGCAGCCAGACGUCGUCCCAGUACCGGCCCAAACCGGACCAGAACCAGCAGGCAGAGCAGCAGCACAUCAACCUGAACACAGACUUCUACAACGACGCACUGUUCAGUUCGCUGCUGGACGAUCCGUACCUCAGCCUGCAGCUGUCGGGAAAAUCACACCAGCAGUUCCCGGCUGAGAGUCCGGUCGACGGCCUGAACCACGGCGGACCGGGUCAGAACCAGUUCCCGUCCAACACCCUGGGGGCGCUGGAGCUGCAGGAGCCCGGCGACCCGCGGCGGCUCAACCACCAGAACCAGAACUACGGCGGUGGAGACGGCCGCCAGAACGUCCCCAACAUCAUCCUCACAGGAGACUCUCCCCCCGGUCUGUCCAAGGAGAUCGCCAGCGCUCUGUCCCACGUCCCCGGCUUCGAGAUGGACGCCUUCUCCUUGGACGAGCCGCUGCGCAUCGACCCGCUGGCGCUGGACCUGCUGGAGGGCGAGCUGAUGCUGGCCGACCCGGCCGUGGAGGACUCCUUCCGCUCCGACCGCCUCAAAUAACCGGGCCGGGCCGGGCUGGGCACCUAUCCCUCCACAUGGAGUGCUUAGACUGAAGACCUGAGGUCAGAGGUCACAAUAGACUUAUUUUACCUGGAAACUCUCUGGAUUCUGGUUCUGGUCCAUGUGGGCCCAAGAUCCAGGAGAGGAAAUGUAAAAAAACCAAACCAGCAGCGCUGUGAAGAUCUUUGUUACAUGGAAGCAGGACCAGAACCGGUACUGCUCUGUCAGAUGCUCAGUGGGUCGGUGAGUCACUCAGAGAACCACUUCGGACCCGAUCCGGUCUACCUGCAGAACUUUUUCUGCUUCGUUAUUCCAGAGGAGAUCCGGAACCAGCCGGUCCACAUGUCUGUGGUUCUGGACCCACUGGACCCAGAACUCCAGUUCAUUUCGUGUCAAACAUCACCUCAGAGUUCAGAUUUUCUGAAGCGGACCCUGAAUGCACCACAGUUCCACUGUAGCCACCAAAGUCCAAAGAAAAGCCCGGAACACUCAAUCCACAGGGACGGGAAGACCGGAUCAGAACCGGUUCCUUUAGGAGGAUCCGGUUCUGAAAAAUGUCAGUGCAGUUCAUGUGAUAAGAACCUCUGCGGUCCUCCAGAACCCAGCGGGUCCAAAGCUGCAUUACCCGGGAGAACAAACACCUCCAGACCUGGACCGGGUCUGAACCGGACCGGGUCUGCUGCCUCCAGCAGCUCCUCAUCUCUGAUCCAGGUCUGGUUCCGACCGGAACCAGAAAAGCCCUGAAAUGACUUUUACAGAAAGAUGAAAAAUAGAUUUUUGCACUUUGAAGGAAAAAAGUAAAACUAUUUUUAAUUUUUAUAUUUUUAUUUCUGCCCAAAGUCUUUAAGCAAGACGUCUCCUGAUUGGUGGGACGAACCCUUUAGCCCCGCCCACUCACUGUGAUGGACAGCGCUUAGCCACGCCCCCUGCCUGCUGCUGCAUCCGUUUUUUAGCCAUAUUUUUUCUGUAACAUGUAAAUAAGUUUGUAUUUUAUAAAGAUUUGAAAUGUGUACAAAGUUUCUAAUAUGAGAGUCUAAUAAACUCUGCAGUCGUG